AUGGCAGAGAUGACGCAUCCGGCUGCGCCGCCGAAUCUCCCCGCGCUCGUCAAAGCGGCGUUCGAAAGGGCGCGGGCCAACGGUGACCUGGAGUACUACCCGACCCAGGUCGCCAUCCUGUCGCUCAAUUCCAUCCCAUUCAAGCUUCGCUUCUCGCCGGCUUUGGCGUUGAAGCCCAAAGCAUCCAAGCCCCAGGAGCCUCACGGGAAAGCGUUCAAUCCCUUCGAGAAUCCGUCCCCGGCUAUGCUGAUUGCCGACCUGCCGCCAUCUCAUAGACUAGUCUUGAACAAGUUCGCCAUCGUGCCAGAGCACUUCAUUCUCGUCACCAAGGAGGUGAAGCCUCAAGCUCACAUCCUGGAGAGAGACGACGUCGCCGCCACAUUUGCGUGUGUCCAGGCUUACCGUGCGGAAGGACAGGAGCUGUUCGCAUUCUUUAACUCGGGCCCGCACUCCGGCGCCAGUCAGCCGCACCGACACCUGCAGCUACUGCCUGUCGAGCGUAUGAAAGACGGCCUGGGGCAGGUUGGCAAUGGCAACCAGUGGAGCAUCCUAGCCGAUAGGCUCGCCGAGUCCGAGAGGGCACUACCAUUCCGUGUCUUCACGGCACGCGCACACUCGGCAAUGACAGUCGAAGAGCAACACGGCGCGUAUUUAGAGCUGUAUAGGUGCGCCGUCAGAGCGGUGUUUCCGGAUAGGGACGUGAGUACCGAAGGUGAGGCCGCUAUCAGUUACAACUUCGCCAUGACAAGUAGCUCCAUGGUGCUGUGCCCUCGGACAGCGGAGGGGGCGACCCUCAGGGAUAGGGCCGGUGAGAAGACCGGAGUAGUGUCGCUCAACGGGACAGUUCUAGCUGGCACCGCUCUCGUCAAGAACCAAACUGAGUGGGAUGCCCUGCGACGAGACCCCGACGCGUUGAUGGAUGUUCUGAAGGAAAUCGGCGUGUCCCCUUAG